AUGGAGAAAAUACAACUCCUAACAAUUAUCUUGAUAUCGUCUGGCAUUGUUUUGAUGGCCAUUUCGUUCGGGGUGGGAGUGGCGAGUCUGCUAGGGGAAUAUUGGAUCGAUUAUGCUUUCACCACUACUACGUCCGCUACGGUGAAUGGCAUGCCGGCGACAGUAAAUGUGGUAGGGAAAGCUAACAUCGGCUUGUUCACCACCUGUUACAAUGUAGAUACCACCACCACCGUCACUUCUAUAUUUGGAUCUAGCACCACCACUCUUAAUGCUAACAACUGUGUGGACUCUGACACCACCGGAUACCUCAGUAAAGACACAGUGCAGACGAUCCAGUCAGUAGGUCAGGUGGCCGGCGUGUUCCUGGGACUAGGCCUUGUCGCCGGUAUAGUCGUUCUUGUGCUUUUCAUCCUGAAGAAACUCGCCAAGCCUCUCUGUUUCGCCACUCUCGUUCCAGCUGUACUAGCCUUCAUUUCAGCCAUCAUGUUAAUAUCAGCUCUGGUAGUUUUGAAUGGAGAACUUACAAGUGAUAUGAAACUGAGCGAAACUUCGAAUCUUGGAAUCGUGUCCCUAGUCUUUGCCAUUCUAGCCACAGUGGCCUACUCGGUGGCAGCUGCCUUUAUCAUCAAAGGAGCACUGGUCGCCAAAACGGGCCCCAUGAAGGAACAAUCUACCACAAAAGAUGAGAAUAUUACACAGAGUGAGGACAAGUCUGCUGAGGCUACUCCAUGAUACACAUUCCCCCUGUCGCUGUUGUUGAGGACGUGAUUUUUGUUAAAUAGAGAUUUGAUUAGGGGCCACAAAUGAAGCUUGUGUUGUGGAUGACUUGUUGGUACGCGUAUAGUACUUUCUUUCACACUAUAUCUGUCAGGAAUACUAAAUGUACAUGGUAUAUAAGGAUAUGCUUUUCUAAGGUUACAACGACUGUUUAUCAACAGGGCUAAAGAAAACUGGUCUUUCGUUUGAAGGUCAUAGUCGAAUUCUUGUUGUAAAAUUAGUACAUCUUUCUAGGAAAGAAAUAUAUUUCACAAUAUACUUUCAUGAAAAUGAAGAAAAAAUAUCUGUUUAUUUGAGUUUAAUUCAACAAGCAUGAAUAUACUGGAUCAUUCUUUAGAUAGGGAUGUUGGAGAGACUUGAUAUUAUAUAUGUACAUAAUAUUUUGGUAUGCAUAGUAUUAUAAUUGAUUCUAAUAAAUUGCGACUCCCAAGUAGGCGACAAAUUCAGAGAAUUCGCUUGCUGCUCAAGUGUACAUUUAAUUGUCAAUAUUUUGUUGUGAGUUUUCAAUAAAAUUGAAAAGGAGCAA